GCAGCUGCGGCAAGCCGGCCAACUUGGAUCCGGCGCGCAGGCAGGCAGGCAGGCAGGCAGGCAGGACUGGGGGUGGCCGCCUGGCUUUGGCGGGGCUUCUGCUCGCGGCUCCUCGCUCGCGCUUGGCCAGAGGCUCUUGGAAGCGGCGGGCUGUUAAUACCGGGAGCUCCUGCGUGCGACGCACCGGUCAAGGAAGGGCUGCUGUUCCUGCUGUCGUAGCCGCGGCUGCUUGGGGAGGCAAACAGAACCAAAGGAGAGAUGGUGCCAUCUGAAAGGGAAUCUGUUCUUUCUAAUGAAAAAUAAGACCAAGAGUUUCAGAGUGGAGAACCGGAUAUUUACGUUGAAGCUGCAUCAAGUGUUGACUGUGAAUCUUGGGCUGUGCCACUUGAAGAGGCCGAUUCUGAAGGUCUGUGCAAUAAAACCCAGCAGCUCCAGAGACUGAUCAUGGAAAUCAAGGAAGAGACAACGGCAGAUGAAGCACAGCAAUUUCUUCCCUCAGUACAGGCAGACAGUCUUGCAGAGCCUAAACUUACGGGUCUUAAGAUGACGGCCAGUGAAGCAAAGUUUGAAUUCAGUCUUGCAUGCAAAGAUCUAGUAGCUCCUACUCGUGAUCGGAAGCUGAACACAUUUGUGCAGAUCACAGUGGUGCAUCCAGGGGAACAGACGUCAGUUAGAUAUUCAAGCACGGAAAUUGUGGAGGGAACAAGAGACCCACUGUUUCUGACUGGUGUGACGUUUCCACCAGAUUACCCUAUCUAUGAAGAAACUAAAAUAAAACUAACAGUCUAUGAUGUUAAGGAUAAAUCUCAAGACACAAGAAGCUUCCUGGGUUGUGCAACCUUUAAGGUAGGCGAGUUAGUGAAAUCAAAGGAGCAACAAUUGACUUUCAGCCUGAGAAGUUCUGAUGGUGGAAAAACAGUUGGCACUAUAGACAUCAGCCUUGUGAAGAUGGGGAAGACAGAGGAUGGGGAGACAGAUCACAAUGCAGCAGAUGUGCAGGGACAAAAGUGUGCCUUGGUUUAUGAGUGUACAUCCCCUGAAAAGAACAGUAGCAAAGACAAUUUACCUUUAUUAAAUGCAGUAUUAAAAAACCCGAUCUGUAAGUUGUAUAGAUUUCCCUCUUCUGACAACAAAUGGAUGUGUGUUCGAGAACAGAUGUCUGAGAGCACUCUUUCUUUUCAUAUUCCCAAGGAACUCAUCAACCUGCACAUAAAGGAGGAUAUGAGAAGGAAUCAGGAUCUUAAAGAACUUGGUGAACUUUCUCCACAUUGGGACAAUAUGCGUAAAAGUGUUAUUUCCCACUGUGAUCAAAUGUUGACUCUGUAUCAAGACAUGCUUGCCGAACUAGGGAAGUACACAGGCUCUUCUUUCAAAUCAAGCUGCAGUAAAGGGGAAAAGACACUGGAAUUUGUUCCAGUCAAUCUACAUUUGCAGAGAAUGUAUGUUCACAGUCCUCAGUUAAAAGAUGUUUUGUAUGAUGUCAUUACUGUCGGAGCCCCUGCAGCACACUUUCAGGGAUUCAAAAAUGGUGGUCUUCAGAAACUACUAAAUAAGUUUGAGUCAGAAAGGCGAAAUACUGGGUACCAGUGUAUUUACUAUUCACCAGAAAACAUAGCCAAGGCAAAAGAAGUUCUCAGUAACAUCAAUCAUCUACAGCCUCUCAUAUCAAGCCACACAGACCUGCUGCUUAAUUCUGCCAGACAGCAUUUGCCAGACAGCUUGAAGAAUUCCUUAAAGACGCUUUCAGAAACGACAGAGUUAUUUGUGCAUGCAUUUAAGGAUCAGCUGAUCAGAAGUGCCCUUUUAGCUCUUUACAUGGCUCGUCCAGGUUGUGUUCUAAAAAACCCAACUGUGCCGAGGAUCAGCGUUGAAGAUAGCAGUGAUCAGCUAAAUCAGGAACAUCCACAUGAAAUUAAGAGACAAGAUUCUAUACCUCACCAUUCAGAAUAUGAUGAAGAAGAGUGGGACAGGGUAUGGACCAACGUUGAAAAGAGUUUAAACUGCAUUAUUGCGAUGGUGGACAGAUUGCUUGAAAAAGAAAACAUCCCCAGUGUAGCUAAGGAAAAUGAAAGUGACCCUUCACCAGCAAAACAUGAGGCAUCUCCUGUAAGAGGUGACUGGUAUGAACAGCUUUAUCCAUUGACAGUUACACUGAAGGACUGCAUUGGAGAGGUGGUGACUAGGGCAAGACAAUCCAUGUCUUUCAUACUGCUCCAAGAACUUGCAUGUAGUUUGCCACAGUGUUUAAUGCUGACACUAAGAAGAGAUAUUGUCUUCAGUCAAGCACUUGCUGGAUUGGUCUGCGGAUUUAUAAUCAAAUUACACUCCAGUUUACGUGAUCAAGGCUUCCUCCAACAGCUUCAUUUGGUGGGGUUAAUAGUUCAAUAUGAAGGACUUCUCAGUACGUACAGUGAGGAAAUGGGGAUGCUAGAAGACAUGGUUGUGGGAAUAUCAGAUUUACAAAAAAUCAUCUUUAAAAUAACAGAAGCCAAAUCAGAUGACCUUUUGCCUGUUAUAACUGGAAGGCGUGGUCAUUAUGUAAUAGAAAUCAAGCUUCCAGGAAAGAUGUUUGAACUGCUGCCACAGGAAAUUAAAGAAGGAAAACCUAUCCAGGUAUACCCUGUCCUCUUCAAUAUUGGAAUUAACGAACAGCAAACACUUGCAGAAAGGUUUGGAGAUACUUCUUUGCAAGAAAGUAUUAACCAGGAGAAUUUGGAGCUGCUAAAAAAAUAUUACAAGUUGUUCAUGGAAAAAAUGCCUUCUGAUUGCCUACCAUAUUUUCAAGAACAGAAUGACUUAAAAGGAUUACUAGAAAAUCUCCAUCAAAAUAUUCAGGCUAAAAAAAGAAAGAAUGUGGAAAUCAUGUGGCUGGCUGCAGUGAUUUGCCGCAAGCUCAAUGGAAUCCGAUUUACCUGUUGUAAAAGUGCCAAAGAUAGGACAUCAAUGUCAGUGACACUGGAACAAUGUUCAAUUUUAAGAGAUGAACAUCAGUUACAAAAAGACUUUUUUAUUCGCGCACUGGACUGUAUGAGGAGAGAAGGAUGCCGCAUAGAGAAUGCACUGAAGAAUGUCAAAUGCAGAAAGUAUGCUUUCAACUUGAUACAGCUGAUGGCUUUCCCAAAGUACUACCGACCACCAGAGGGGACAUAUGGAAAAGCUGAUACCUAAGCAUUUAGACCAAAAAAAAAAACACGGAUCACACAGACAUGCUCAUUAGUUGACAUGAAUUGCUUUGUUUUUAUGUGUGCCUCACAGAAUUGGAGAGUGCAAGAGCAAAACUAUAUAGGAGUUAUUUUUGCUAAAAUUGUAUUGUCAUUGGGGAGGGGGAGUGAUAAAGUACAGUAGGUUGAGUGCUUUGAAACUGGCUGUUUGUUUAUAUAAACAUAACCUUUUCAUAAAAACUGUGUCAGAAGCCAGCCACAAUUAAAAGUUCAGUCAUUAAUCAGAUUGACAACCAAGUGCUGAGACAUAAGUAAGUCAGCAGGGGUUCCCAUGAGCCGGGACUGAAAUAAUACCUUGUUCAUCACUGAAUCAAUUCAGGAUUGAUAGCCAAGCAACGGUGCUACUCCACUGUAAUACAUAAGAACCUUAAUACAUUUUGAGAGGGAUUUUAAUUUUGGUGACCUUCCAUAAUAAUAAAAAAAUGGAUAUAACAUUCUGCUCUUCUAGAUAAUCUCUGCUAGAUAAUCUCUGCUGUUUUGGGCACAUGCAUUAAUGUUAAGAAAGCUAAUUUUGCACACUUACCUAAAGCUUGAAUGUCAUCCAUGAUUCUCAGUACCAAAGGUGUGAUCCAGAGAAGCAUGAUUGGAGUUCUGCUCAGACAGUGGGGAUUUCUUGCCUCUUGCCACUGCAGCCCCUGAAAAGUCAUUCCUGAGGCUUGGAGGAUGCUCUGGAACAAUCUGGGAUGUGGUGCAGAGGUCCACGGCUGGAAAGGUUAAUCCUCCACUGCAUGAGUCAAAGUGCCUUCCACUUAUAUAAAAAGGUCUUUGGGCCACAGCCCAUGCUUACAAUUGCCUUUGAGGAUCCAGAGCUGAACCAGCCUCUCUCUAUUAUUAGGGUGACCAACAUAGCUGCUUUUUACUACGUCACGAAUUUUUAAAAAAAAAAAAUAUCUGGAAUUCAUCACAGAAAAGGCAGGAGCUAUUUUCCAGACAAAUGUGUAUGCAAGCCAAUGCAAAUCUCAUCUGAAUAUCAGAUAAAGGAAGGGGGGGAAAGGUCCAUAGGCUGCAUCCACACAUGACUGCGCUAUUAUUGCACUAUUGCAAUCAUUUGCAAUUUGAUUGUCUUGCCGCCUAAGACAAGUUGUUAUAGUGGUUCACAGUGAAAGUUUCAUCCAGGAUAUGCUAGUGCAUGAAAUCUGAAACAACAAUAUUUCAUUUAAAAUGUGUACUCUCUCUCCAUCAUUUCAAUGCUAACUGGCAAAGCCGGCAGUGGGGACCUGGGUAAGAAAUUGAAUUGUCUCCAAUGGAAAUAAGAAUGAUUUCACAAGCACUAUGACCGCAGUAAAUAAAAGGGCAAAAAAGACAAGCCAGUAAUCUGGUCUUGCAGACAGCUGUGCUCACAGGUUUGACACACAAAUAGUAAAAGGAUCCUUUUCAUUAUUAAGAUGUGGUGUGCAUUUGUUUGUAAUUAAAAUUAUAUAAAAGCUCCAUCUUCAGAGGUGAUGUGCUGAUCAAUGUAUUCAUAUUGAUGUAAGCGACAGGCUCUUUAAAAUGUUUUCUCUGUGAAAACUAUUGGAAGGUUGCAGAGAUGUAGGGUUUUCUGACUGAAGCAUUCCUUCUAGUAUUGCCAUGGUGAAAUGCCAUCUGGCAUUUCUUGUCUCAUUUUUGUUAAGCUUACAUGUGUCCCACUGAAUUCAAUAUAUUUCAGUGGAGCCAGUGUUUUCACUCACUACAGUAUCAUACUAUGCACUUUAGAGCAAUUUUUGCCCUUUAGCAAAGAAACCAACCAAAGUGUACAGAAAGAUGUCAGUAAACAUCUAUAUGGAGUUUCUUUUGUUUUGCUUUUUUGCAGAAUAUGUCUGUACUGACAUAUCAUACAGGCAAGUAUCAUUUGGAGAUGUUGAACUAUGUAUAAUUUGGCUAUUAUGGAAUUAUUCAUAGUAGUAUAUACUAUUUCAUUAUGUCUCUGAUGUGUGUUGUAAUAAAAUAAUAGUACUACAUGUACUGUAAUUAUAUAUAAAUCUCUGACCAAAGCUAAAAAAGCUUUAAGUCAUAAAUUUUAAAGGCCAGGUAUGUGUCAUCUACCAGCUCUUCUAUACCAGCCCCCCUGAAAUGAAAUGUCUGUACUACCGUUCAUUUGUUCCAAUGGAACAAAUGUGCAGGAGAACGUAAAUGAAGAAUAAAACAGACAUGCCAGCACAUGUCUUUUGCAACAAUUAUAUAUGGCUCGCUCCUAAACCAUGGGUUGGAUCCAUUCCUUGUACUUGAACCCUUUCUUUAGCUGAAAAAGCCCUCCUAGAACAGAAUAAACUGGAAUCUUCCCUGACCUGUGGAUCCUAUUACAGGUGUGGAUCCAACCUAUAGUGGUGCUUUAAAAAGCUAAAAUUGAAACUAAUAUUUU